AUGCUUGGUCGAGCUGGUCGUCCACAAUACGAUUCGAAAGGCAAAGGAAUUUUGAUUACGAAUCAUUCUGAGUUACAGUUCUACCUUUCGUUAAUGAAUCAACAGUAUUUACAAUUUUCAACGAGUUCGUGGAAAGUUGCUUGUAUAGGAUUGGGAAAUCACAUGUCUAUAUGCUCUCUUCCUGUCGAAAGCCAAAUGAUCUCUCGUCUUCCUGACAUGCUUAACGCUGAGGUUGUUCUGGGUACGAUUAAUAGCGUUAGCGACGCAAUGUCAUGGCUCGGUUACACAUACCUUUACAUCCGCAUGUUGAAAUCUCCAACAUUGUACGGUAUACCAGCUGAUCAGGCAAAAGCUGAUCCUCUACUGGAGCAACGACGUGCUGAUUUGAUUCACACAGCAUGCCUGCAGUUAGACAAGGGCAAUCUUGUGAAAUACGACAAGAAGAGUGGCCUUAUUCAGGCAACCGAAUUGGGGCGUAUUGCCUCUCACUACUAUUGUACAUUUGAGUCAAUGCAAGUGUAUAAUCAGUUGCUGAAGCCAACCGCCACCGAGAUUGACUUAUUCCGUAUAUUCUCUUUGUCAAGUGAAUUCAAAAAUAUUGCGGUUCGUGAGGAGGAGAAACUUGAGCUCCAAAAGCUUGCGGAACAUGUACCAAUCCCGAUCAAAGAAAGUUUGGACGAAAGCAGCGCGAAAACUAAUGUGCUUCUACAAGCUUACAUCUCCCAAUUGAAGCUGGAUGGAUUUGCUUUGCAAUCUGACAUGGUAUUCAUAGCGCAGUCAGCUGGGCGACUUUUCCGCGCUCUGUACGAAAUAGUUUUAUGGCGAGGAUGGGCUGCUUUGGCACUGGUACAAAGUUCUCAGCUUGUGCAAAAUGGUUACUGCUCGGCAGUGGCAGUCUCUGAAUCCUUUACAUCAGUUCAAGAAGAUACCGACAGAGGUGAAUUUCAUCUUUUCAUUUACUCGAUGUAUUCUUUUGUUUGCUUCCCUGUAACCGAUUCCCCUCCCCAGAUUGUGCGUAGCAUCGAUAAAAGGAACUAUUCUUUUGAACGGCUGUACGAUUUGGACCAACACCAACUUGGAGAGCUCAUAAGAAUGCCAAAGAUGGGCAAGCCCUUGUAUAAAUUCAUCAGACAGGUUGCUUUUUAUUCACUCCAUUUGUCUGUCUCCUUUCACAUGUUUCCGAAACUAGAAAUGACAACGCUUAUCCAACCCAUUACUAGAACCACUCUUCGUAUUGAGUUGACUAUCACGCCAGAUUUUCAGUGGGACGAGAAGGUUCACGGUAGCGCUGAAGGUUUUUGGAUAUUCGUGGAAGAC